AGAGAGAAAGAGAAAGACGCAGGAGGCUAUAAGCCAGUAAGAACAGGAAUAACAUGACAAAGAUAAAGGGAGGGAGAGAAGCCGGUGGAGGAAACAUACUGACACGUGUGUGAAAGUACAGCAGGUGGAUUGGACAGGACAGCAUCUUUUUCAUUUCUAUUUUAUUUAAUGGAACUUCCUUUAUUUCUUUUGACAGACAGCUAACCAGAACCUGUGCAGGAGGACAAAAAAGGAUAGGACAUUUUCUGCUGUCGUGGGCCAUGAAGUGGGUCAACACCUGAGAAGGAGCUGAAAGGAACAGCAGAGAGAGAGGCAGUUUUGUCCUUUACUGAAAGACCUUUAUUCAAGCAUGAAGACAACCCAGCAUCUCUUGAAGUCCAAACAUUCCAAGUGAUCUACAGUAUAAGGGGGAUCAUUUCCUCCAUCCUCACACGUUAAACAUCCACAGAAAAAGACGCAUACUCUACUGUGCCUCCACCAUGCAGACCCCAGGGCCUGAACACGAUGACUCUUUUGAUUUCCUGUUCAAGAUCAUCCUGAUCGGAGACUCUAACGUAGGGAAGACCUGCGUGGUUCAGAAUUUCAAGUCAGGGAUUUUCUCAGAGAAACAGCAGAACACCAUCGGAGUGGAUUUCAGUGUACGGACCGUGGAUAUAGAGGGGAAGAAAGUUAAGAUGCAGGUGUGGGACACGGCAGGUCAGGAGAGGUUUCGUACGAUCACCCAGAGCUACUACCGCAGCGCUCAUGGCGCCAUCAUCGCCUAUGACAUCACACGACGCCCGACCUUUGACUCUGUGACUCACUGGAUCAAGGAGGUGGAGCUCUAUGGAGCAUCCAAUAUAGUGCUGGUUCUCAUAGGUAACAAAAGUGACCUGGAGCAGGAACGUCAGGUUCAGUUUGAGGAAGCCUGCAACCUGGCAAAAGAGGGAGGCAUACUAGCUGCUCUAGAAACAUCUGCAAAGGAGAGUCAGAAUGUGGAAGAAGCCUUCAUGAUGAUGGCCAGAGAGCUGCUGUCUCGUAACGGCCUCAAUAUCCAGCAGGGGGACUUAAAGAGCAAUAACACACCUCGAGUUCUCCUCCGGGCCGACUCUAGGCCGGUCAAUGGCAUCGUAGCUGCCUACACACCACCAGAGAAGAAGUCAUGUUGCUGAUUCAAACGUGGAUAGGACAGAGAAGAUGAAAGGUGACUGAUGCUGGAAUCGACAGUAGAUGAGGGUGAAGGACACUUUUCAUCGUGAAUGUUGGAGAAGAGGAAUGGAAGAAGAUCCAAAGAUGCAUGGUUGUUGAAAAUGGCUGGCAAGGGCUUAUGCACCAAGAAUCUUGGCAUUGAGGAAGUUUAGGCAAUUAUUGGAAAGUACUGAAAAAUCAAUUCAGUGUACUUUUCUGUGACUUACCUGACCCGAGAAAGUCGUUCAGCUGCUGCUACAAGGACAAGAAAGUCAAACCAGGCAUUUUUAAUAAUGGGGGAGUAAGGGACAGUGGUGACAGCUGUGAUCAGUGUUGGGUAAAGUUACAGUAAGCCAAUCUCAUUUAUAUCAAUUAUACCUGGAUUGUUAUUUUUUUUUCUCCUCCAACUGAUGUAAUAUUAUCUGCAAAAAAUGUUGUGGGACUAUUACUAUUCUAAUGUUUUUUUAAGUUUGCACUACCAAAAGUAAUCCAAAUCUGAAUUUAAAAACUAAAGCAAUAAUACGGUAGUUACCACAAAAUGUAAGCACUCAAAGCAUUCUCAACACCUGCUGGCCUCAGCUACGCUAUCCAUAACACAACAUUGUUUGUGUUCUAUUGUCACAAUGCUGUCUUCAUGCUUCACUCUGCCGAUAAAACUUUUGAAAAGCUGGUAAAGACCUUUGUGGUACAUAAGACUCUGAGUAUUUUACCCAAGUGACCUGUUGUGGGGCCUCUAUGACGAGCUGUGAUCCUCUGCUGCUGCGUUCUGGAUAAAAAUUUCCUGGAGAACCUGUUACAAGCCAGAAGACUGUGAAUUAUACAUUUUUGUUUGACUUUCUCUUGUCACAGUUGUAUACACAAUGAUGUCUUAAAUAGUCAUAAAUGUCAAUAAUGGGCUGUAAAUGUGUUCUAAAUUGCUUAUUUCAAUUUCUGAUCAGUUGGUAUGAUGAAGCAGGACAGAGUUUGACUCUCUGUGAGAAACAAAGGCUCUGUAGAGGCUUUGGUUAAGACUGUCAUGUACUAAUGAAUUAACAAAUUAACGGAUAACCAGCAUAAAGUGUCUUAGAAAAUUGUUGGGCCUCCAAUGGACCACUUCACUGUGAACACUAGAGGGCACUGUGAUGUUGCACAUAAUCAUUUAACUGCAGGUUGGUUGCUCAUUGCCUUAGACAAUAAAUACCAAGGUGCUUUAAAACAUCUGUGACUGCACUAAGAAACAAUGAACUACGUUUACAUGCAACCCAGUAAACAGGAAAAAAGUAAAAUCACCUUUAAGGCUGAACUUUGCCAAGAUCACUUCCUGCCAACACAACGAUCAAACUGAAAUAAUUGAGCUGACAAGGCUUACAUCCAGGAUAUAAUCUUUCUUUGUGUCUAAUGCCAAGUUGGCAGACCUUAUUUAAACACCAACCUGGAAGUCAAGUAGCUGGACUUCCACUGAUUGUUACACUGAUACAGUUAUAAUGUUUAUUAAUUUAGUUAUGAGUGGAACAACCAUGGGAACUAUCCAGGUGUAGCCUUGUCCUUUAUCUAAAAUGAAACUUCUGCUCCAUCUGACAAGCUACCUUUCAACUUAUGGCUAUACAAUUAUUUAAUUCAUCUUUAGUUACUUACUUACUAAAGUUCUGCUAAAUUGUAAUGUUGUAUAUAUUUUAGCUCUUCACUGACCGCAGGAAAUUAAUUAUCUUGGUUUUACAUAUGAAAAAAUAUAUAGCAUACCAUUAGGAAUGAGAAUCUGAAUGAUAUGAGUUCAAGUUUCCAAAAGGAGGAAGUUGGCUGUUGUGUCAACCCCCCACCCCAAAAAAGGCCAUUUUUAUAAUGUGGCACCAUUUAACGAUAAUUAUCAGUGUGCACUUGGCAGAUUCCCAGUAAUGUGUAUCUGGAAACUUACACGACCUCUUUAAAACAAUGAGUCAGUCGCAAUACAUCUGCUUCCCGUCAUAUUUGGUGGCUAACCGGUGGCACAGUAGGUAAACAAGUUCAGUAUGUCUACCUUCUAUCAUGUCUGUCCACCACUUAGUAAAACAAAUUUUCAGAAAAAAUAAACCCAAUUUUAUUUCCAGACAACAGGUAGACAAAGUCAUACAUUACUUAAUACAAAAAAGACCAAAAAAUACUUUUUGGAAUAAAAAUAAAUGUAUCCUGAACAAUAUCAAAAUUACUGUAACAGAAAAAAAUAGACCACCUGCAGUUUAUUGUGUGAGAAAAAUUCAAAGAGAUGUUUUUGUCAUUAUUAGAUCUGAUACAGACUGGAUUGGGAACAUUCUGCAAAAAGAUAAAACAAAAGCUCAAAUGGCAUCUCCUAAACCUUUGUUUAAAGUUUAAAGGUAAACUUAGCAAUAUCACAUUGCAACCAAUAAUCUUUUAAGAAAAUGUUAAUGUUCCAAAUUGAGUUUUUCUGUUCUCCACACAAGAUGGUGAAUGUUGAUUAAUAAAAAGACAUCCUAAGCAAUCCUAA